ACAAGUACCCCUUUUUCUGAUUUAACACAUCUGAUUAAAAAGCAUCGCCUUUCUUGAGCUACAGACACCUCCCUUCAACUGAUGCUGUAAUCCUCCACUUUUCGUUGGGAAAGUUUACGCCUUUAACAAAACGUGGGAGUCGAAAAAGCGGCUGCAAGACUAAAACAGCCCAAACUCUCCAACACUCUCCAUGGGUGAUGGGGAGGGACGCUCUUUUUAUUUCAGAAAAUGGGAUAUUUGCAAGUGACAGAAGUCUUCCCGGGAAUAGGUUAACUCUCCUUGAUGGAGAGAGACGCGGCCCUUCGCUUCUUCCUGUAUCUUUCGUGUGAAUGUCGCCAGUUCCGCAUCUGCAGCGGAGGAAGGGCAGUACCGGUCGUUCGCAGCAGCUUCGCCCUCUUUGCCAACCCCGGCGCCUCUGGGCGGGGAGUACGAGGAGGAAACAGCUGCAGCGAGCGGAGCUGGAAGCCGACGUGUCCCGGGGUUUGGUCGGUUGCAGAAGGAACAAAACCCCGCAGCCCAGACCUUGCCCCGCGCGUGCAGUAAUCGUGGUGGGGGGGAAAAGAAUGGCUGCCGAGGCGCCCCCCGUCCUUUCGCUCCAGCUGGUGGAAGAACCGAGACUGCUGAAGCUGAAAAAGAUGUUCAUAUCUAAAUUUAAAACAACACCCACAUUUUAUGUUCGAGCACCAGGGCGAGUCAACUUAAUAGGUGAACAUAUAGAUUACUGCGGCUAUGCUGUACUCCCGAUGGCCAUAGACCAAGACAUACUUAUAGCAGCUGAACCUCUAAACAGCCCAGUCCUCAAUUUAGCUAAUACAAAUCCCUCAUACUCGGAUUUCAGUACAGAUGCCAAAAACAUCCAAAUAAAGCAAACGAAACCUUUAUGGCACAACUAUUUUCUCUGCGGGUUCAAAGGAAUACAGGAUCACUUCAGUCUGGAGAACCCGAGUGGAAUUAACUGCCUCGUAGAAGGGACAAUUCCUCCAAGUUCCGGCUUGUCAAGCUCCAGUGCUUUGGUCUGUUGUGCGGGACUCGUGACUGUCACGGCAAACGGCAAGACUCUUUCAAAGGUGGAACUGGCUGACCUGUGCAGCAAGUGUGAACGCUACAUUGGCACUGAAGGAGGCGGCAUGGACCAGUCCAUCUGCUUUCUGGCAGAAAAAGGAACUGCAAAGCUGAUAGAAUUUAAUCCUCUGAAGGCAACCGACGUGAAGCUUCCAGGAGGAGCAGUUUUUGUGAUUGCAAACAGUUGCGUUGAAAUGAACAAGGCCGCGACUUCGCAUUUCAAUAUUAGGGUGAUGGAGUGUCGUCUGGCUACGAAGCUGUUAGCAAAAUCCAGAGGCCUAGACUGGAGAGCGGUGGCAAAACUCCAAGACGUGCAAGUCAAGCUGAAGCUAAGCUUGGAGGACAUGCUGGCUGUGGUUGAAGAGGCAUUUCACCCUGAGCCUUACAGCAUAGAGGAAAUUGGGGAAAACCUGGGAAUUAACCCCACAGAGCUACGCACUCAGAUCCUUAGCCAGAACACACAAGAUGUGACCACCUUUAAGUUAUACCAGCGUGCCAAGCACGUGUAUGCAGAAGCUGCCAGAGUUUUGGAAUUUCAGAAAAUCUGCAUGGAGGCACCUGAUGAUGCCAUCUCAUUGCUGGGAGAUUUAAUGAAUCAGAGCCAUGCCAGCUGCCGAGACUUGUACGAAUGCAGCUGCCCUGAACUAAAUCAGCUGGUGGACAUCUGUCUGCAGUUUGGAGCAGUUGGGUCACGCCUGACUGGGGCAGGAUGGGGUGGCUGCACUGUGUCGAUGGUCCCUGUGGACAAACUGGAGAGAUUCCUAGCAAAUGUGAAGGAGGCUUAUUACAAAAAUUGUGGCCAAAGGUUAGCCCUGGAAGAAAACAACCUCUUUGCUACCAACCCUGGCGGAGGAGCUAUAAUUUUCCUUGAAGCCUGAAGGACGCCACAUUUUUGGAGGACUUUGCAUGCCACAGUAAACAAUUCAUUUGGCUGUUUUUUAUUACAUUAUAACGAACAAUAGCAAUAGCUAUUAUUAGGAUGGGUUUCCAACCUUUUUUCUCUUUCUUUCUUUCUUUCUCUCUCUCUCCCUCUCUCUCUCAAAAGUGCUAUUAAUCUUUCUAAUGGAUUUUUCUCUUUCUUAAAAUAUGCUUCCAACAUAAUCAUCCAAAAUGUUGAUUUCUGUCUGGACCUGACAAUAUAAAACACGAUUUGCCAAAAUAUAUUCGUUAAAAAUAAUUGAAAUGAACCAGAUUGGAAUUAAAGGGGAAGAGGGA